AUCCCAGGACCGGACAGAUCCACAGCGUUGAUGGUCCGCGGGGUCCUCGUAGGCCUGGGAGCUCCUAUACUAUUAGGGAGAGCACGGGUUUAUGGGUGGAGGAACACUGUAUCACGUGGAGGCCAUUGAGAUUCGCCGACGGCUGCGGAGGCAUAGGAGGCUCCAUGAAAUUGAAAGGCGCCGGAGACGGCAGCGCAGGCGGCGCCAGCGGUGGUGGUGGAGCAGUCGCCAUACGAGCAAAGUGAGACAGCGGGCGCGGCUGAUUGUUGGAAUUCCGCUCGUGAGCGCGGUACUUGUUCAUGUAGGCGGCGAGGGGCUUGACGUAGUCGGCGAGCCCGAGCGAGGACAUGGCGAGGAGAAUGUCGUUGGCAGUGACGGUCUUGCGAUAGUCCUCGUUACAUUUCUUGUUGGCUUCGCGCAUCACGUAGAAGAUGAACUCGGUGGCGCAGUCUUGAACGGCCUCCUGGGCAUCCUCCUCGACCUCGGCGAUGGGAGGGAGGGUGCUGCGCAUCAGACGGUGAAUGCUGCCGAUGGGAAUGCCCAGCUCGGGAUCAUGCUUCGGCGGGACCUUGUUGAUGUCGAUGUUCAGUGCCAGCGGUGGUGGCGGCGAUGCUGGUGGCUCGCGGUUGAUGUCGAUGCCGCGUCCAGCUAAAGCUAUAAGGGAAAAGAACGUUAAAAUAGUAAAA